AUGGGUGAGAGAAGACACAUUUUUGCAGUGACAAUGGUGGUUCUUAGUAUGUUGGUGGUUUCAACAGAGAUGGUUUAUGGAAAGCUGUUUUAUGUCGGGAAAAAAGAUGGAACAUGCUUACAAGACGUAUGUUGGGCCAAUGGAAUCAGUGAUUGGCCUAAAAACAAGACCAUUAAAGCUGGAGAUAUUCUAGUAUUCAAUUACGAUCUUUUUACGCGUGAUGUUACUCUUGUGGACGAGGAAGGAUACAGAACAUGUAAUCCUGGAAAAAAUCCAAUAGUGUAUCGGACAGGACAUGAUUAUAUUCAAGUUCCAGAAGGACCAAGUUACUACAUUUGUAGUAUCAAUCGUCUCUGCCAAAAAGGAACCAAAGUUGCGAUCAUUCCAGCAUAA